AUGGACUCUCUCUCUCUCUUCUGCACCGGAGCGCUCCUCGCCGGCGGCCUCUACUGGUUCGUCUGCGUGCUGGGACCCGCAGAGCAGAAGGGUAAGCGCGCCACCGAUCUAUCUGGCGGCUCCAUCUCGGCGGAGAAAGUCCAGGACAACUACAAGCAGUACUGGUCGUUCUUCCGCCGACCCAAGGAGAUCGAGAAGGCGGAGAAAGUCCCGGACUUCGUGGACACCUUCUACAAUUUAGUCACCGACAUCUACGAGUGGGGGUGGGGCCAGUCCUUCCAUUUCUCCCCCUCCAUCCCGGGCAAGUCCCACCGCGACGCCACGCGCCUCCACGAGGAGAUGGCCGUCGAUCUCAUCCAGGCCAAGCCCGGAGACAGAGUCCUGGACGUGGGCUGCGGCGUGGGCGGGCCCAUGCGCGCCAUCGCGGCCCACUCCCGCGCGAACGUGGUGGGCAUCACCAUCAACGAGUACCAGGUGAACCGCGCCCGCCUCCACAACAAGAAGGCCGGCCUGGACUCCCUAUGCGAGGUCGUCUGCGGCAAUUUUCUCAGUAUGCCAUUCCCCGACAACUCCUUCGACGGCGCAUACUCCAUCGAGGCCACGUGUCACGCGCCCAAGCUCGAAGAAGUCUACGCCGAAAUCUUCCGCGUCCUGAAGCCCGGCGCGCUCUACGUCUCGUACGAGUGGGUCACCACCGACAAGUACCGCGCCGACGAUCCCGAACACGUGGAGGUCAUUCAGGGCAUUGAGAGGGGUGACGCCUUGCCUGGCCUCAGAAGCUACUCUGACAUAGCCGAGACCGCGCGUAAGGUUGGGUUCGUUGUGGUGAAGGAGCGGGAUCUGGCCAAGCCACCGGCUCAGCCCUGGUGGAGCCGCUUAAAGAUGGGCCGGAUCGCCUACUGGCGGAACCACAUCGUCGUGACUGUUCUCGCCGCCUUGGGAAUCGCGCCCAAGGGCACCGUCGAUGUCCAUGAGAUGCUUUUCAAGACCGCUGACUAUUUGACCAGAGGUGGUGACUCUGGGAUUUUCUCCCCGAUGCACAUGAUCCUCUGCAGAAAGCCCCUUGACACCGACGACCAUGCCCAAACCUGA